AUGCUUACUAUGAUUCCGUACACUGAUCAUGCUUGUGGAAAUUAUACACGUGUACCACCCAUUUACAAUUCUGCUGAGACAACUACAGCACAAGAUGUUUCUACUCAUUCGAAUGUGACUCAUGUUGUUUGUGGGAGUUCAGGUCGUUCUCGAAGAGGUAGACGAUCAAAUGUUCCACUUGAAAUCAGAGAGCAGACACGCCGAUUGAAGAAACAAAAUAUGGAGCGUAGACGACGUGCAUGCAUUUCUGAUAAAAUGAAUGCCCUACAUAACUUGGCUAUGAAUCUAAUCGGCAUUGAUCCUAAUGAAUAUCAUAAAGUUGAGAAAGCUGAUAUAUUGAAUCUGUGCUACAAUGUAUUCAAAGGAAUUGCGAAUAUUACCAAAGAUGAACCUGAUCUGUUUUAUGUUGUAAUCUUGACAGAAUUGGGAGCACGUCUAAGAAAAUUACGUAACAAUUUGAAUGAAGUAUCAUGCCCCUCAUCAUCAUCAUCAUCAACCUCACUUGUAACGAAAAAUAAUUCCACUCCACAUGCUGAUGAAAUGGAUAAAAGUUUAUUGAAAGUGAAUGAACAAAGCAAUUCGUUAGAUAAACGCCUACAUCAAACACACUAUCAUCAUAAAAACAAACAACAUUCACACUUUAAUACUGUCGAUUUGUUCAGUACAUCAACACCUUCAUCAGAAACACCAUUGUUCUGUACUGAUUCUAGUCGCAGAACUUCUGAAGACAAUAAAGAAAAUAGAAUACCAAAAAUCAUUAUAAAGAAUCCUCUAUCAACUACAAACUAUACAAUAUCUAGUCCCGUUGUUACUGAUGUUAACAGUAUGCGCAAUGUACCUUUGACGUUUGUUGUUCCGCAAUCUCUGUCAUCUUCAUCUGUUUUCUCAACUCCUCCAAGUAGAAUACAUCUGAGCAGUUUUAGACAUCAACAGAUAUGUGAACCUAUUACCCAAUGGCAAUCAACACCUUUACAAUGUACUGAGAAAUGUACCUCAUUGUUAAAUAAUUCCGAAAGUGGUUUCUUCAGUAGUCAGACAAUGGAGUUAACACCGAAUAUAACAAAGAUGUCUACAUUCAAUGGAAAAGAUACUAAGGUCAAUGUAUUGGAAUUGGUUGAUUCCUCUUCUAUAGAAGUGUCACAUACCGCAUCAUCAUCACCUUCAUUGUCAUCACCAUUGCCAAGAGACUAUGUAUCAGCCUUCAGUAAACCAACAAAAAGAUUAUCUAAGGUCAACAUAACCAGAUCAUCAGAUGCAUUUGUUACAUCCAAUGGUUAUCAACACCAUAAUAAAACAACUAAUAGUGAUAGUGGUAUUUGGCUUACUCCUGACACUUCUGCAUCAAUUGAAACUCUUCAUGAUGUUAAACCUACUCAUAGGACUGUACCUAUGUGGAGGCCAUAUUUAGACUAG